GGCCCUCUUGAUGGAGCGAGAACCAAUCAUUGGCCUUUUCGAGUAGGGGCCAAUGAAUGAUUUGGAAAAAAGCGGUUAUUGGCCGUUUUGAAAACCGAGUUUAUAACGAUUGUGAAGCAAAAUGGAUCAAGAGGAAGAGAAUUUACCUGCCACAACCGCCGUAACGGCUUUAGUUAAUCAAGCAGAGGCCGAAUCGCCAAAUAAUCCGGAUGUCGAAUCCCUCGCCGAAGGCGAGCCCAUGUCCAAGCGGAAGCGCAAGAAGCUUCUAAAGCUGCAACAAUGGGAAGUCAAAAAGAAAGAAAAACGGCUCAAAGAAAAGGAAAAGAUGAAACAACGCAAACUGGAAGCGGUGAAAGCCGGCCUGCCCACUCGGAACGGUCCCAGCCGGAAGGAGCUGAAGCGGAACAAGAUUGACUACAGUAAAUCGGACAUCACGAUCGCGGUGGAUCUCAGCUUUGACGAAAUGAUGAUCGACAAAGACGUGGCCAAAUGCGUCAAGCAGCUGCUGCGAAUCUACACGAUGAAUCGCCGUUCGGAGAAGCCCAUCCCCUUGCACUUUACCGGCAUUCGGCCAGGGGGAUCUGUGGAAAAGCACCUGAAGCGGAACGAUGGCUACCAGCACUGGGAUGUGAAGUUCAGUGGGGAACCGUUUGUGAACCUGUUCGAGCGGGACAAGCUGGUUUAUCUGAGCAGUGAGUCGGACAAUGUGCUGACCGAGCUGGAGAAGGACCAUGUGUACGUGAUUGGCGGAUUGGUGGAUCACAAUCAGUAUAAGGGUCAUUGCCAUGGGUUAGCCAGCGAAAUGGGAAUACGGCAUGCGAGGCUUCCGCUGAGUGAGCACAUCGUAAUUAAAACGAGGACCAUUUUGACCAUCAAUCAAGUGUUUGAAAUCUUGAUGAAGGUUCAGUUGGGUAAACCGUGGCAGGAAACGUUACUGGAGGUGCUACCAAUGAGAAAAGGGGCCAAGCCCAAAGAAAGUUCAAAUGUGGACAAAUCGAAAGAAGCGGAAGAGAGUAAUACGAAUGAAUCGGACGCGCCGAAGGAACUUGAAGCUACUCGGAGACAAACUGAAGAAACCAAUAUUAAUGGUACUGGCAGUGAUGCCACAAGUUGAUGCCGUCCCUUUGCGGCACCUAAAUGAAUAAAGGCAAUUUGAAUUGUUAACACA